AAGGAAAAUUUAGUAGCGAUGUUGCCAACAUUUAGUUUUGGACAAGGAAACCAAAUAGCAAGGAAUUCAGUGGAGAAUAACGGGAUUGAAAAUAGGAACAUAAUUCUAUUGAGCAAGAAUAAGAGGAAAGGGCCAAAAGAAAUAUGGGAGUUUGCAAAGGUAGUUGGGGUAGUAGCUGAUGCCAAUGAAGAAGAAGUCAUAAAGAAAACUGAAGUGAUGGAGAACAAGGAUAGAGCAAUCAGAAGAGGAUUGAUGACGAGGCCAACUAGCAGCACAGGGAAAGGUGAGAUUCAUCAUCCAUGAUAAUUUUAACAGUUAAUAUAUGAGGAAUUGGUGGUGAAGGGAAGAAAAGGGAAAUUAGGGGUUUGAUCAAAAGAGAAAGGGUUGAAUUUUUAGCUAUUCAAGAAUCUAAGACAAAACGUGUAGAUAGUAGGGUUUGUAUAUCUUUAUUGGGCAAGGAUGGUUUUGACUGGGCUGCUAAACCAUCUUUUAGGACACUUAGGAAGGCUCAUGUGCUUGUGGAACCCAAAUGUUUUCCAAAAACAAAUGAAUUUGCCAGUGAUGG